AUGGCAGAAACUGGCAGCCCUCAGUUUGUUAUGGCGCGGUCUGUUGCCUCUUAUGCUGCAGGAGCAAUUUGUUUUUCGACUAGAGUCAUUUUAGCUCAAGCAAUCUUCAUGACAUUCCUCUUCAAUGCUUCCCCCAGGAGAGUGUAUGGACCUGCAUCAAGUGAUUCAAGUUAUAGGUUAACCCUACUCAUUUUUGUGAUUCAAUGUUUUGGGGUGGGAAUAGGUACAGUUGCCCCAGCAGUGAGAUGGUUCACUGCCAUAAGACUAAGGUGCUCGGAGAAAAGAGUCAAGAACUACAAAACUGGGUUUAAAAUAGAAAACUUUUGGAUCGAAAGGCUAGUAGGGUGGAAAGACAGCCCCUUAGCUAUAGGAGUUCGGGGCCAAAAAUCUAGAAAACUUGUUCAUAACACAAAAAAUUUAAUUCUAAACUUCUGUAUAGGAGUUCAGAUUGUGAUUGUCGCGACUAGUAAAUUAAUCAUGCUAAUCUCAAUUUACUUAAUAAGCCAGUUCUUGUCAUUCGAGCACUUGUACAAGGAGGUAAAGCAAAAGCUCAUAUCUAAAAAUACUGCUUCAAGUAAUCACACAGAUUUAGAAUCAGGCCUUGGAACAGAGUUGGAACUCUGCCGUUGUGUAUUGUAUCUUGAAGGCGAUGAGGAACUGCCAUUACAGAUUAUGAAGAACAACAAGGAUACUACUGAUCAUUUUAUUCAGAAGGGUGAGAAGCAACAGCCAAAAUAUUUGAAAGAGCUUUUAGAUAAAUCUACUAUGUACUUUCAUGGGGUGGCAAAGUUCGACAGUGAUCAAGUUCCAUCUCUAGAGUUUGAAGAACCUCCUAAUGGUUGGUCUCCGCUUAUGGUUACUCUUACAUGUAUUGCCAUUGCACUUCUAAACAUGGAAAAUCAUAAGGUGAAGUGGUUGCUUCGAAGUGUGAGUGAAGGUCUCUUGUAUGUAAACCUUGUAGAAAAAUUGUUGAAUGCAAAAAGUGAUAUGGUGAACAUCAUGAAUGCAGCAGAUAUAUUGUGGCUAAGACUUGAUCUUUUUCGCAAAUGGCCAGAUGAAUAUCUCCAGAAAAUCGCUCUUGAAGUAAAAACCACGAAGGAGACUCUUAAGAGACUUGCCAACAUAGCUAAAAUUACAGUUACUAAAUUCAAGGCAAACAUGAAUGGAAAUCAAAAAGAGAAUCCUCCUAGCUGGGACAUCAAGACUAUCGCUGCUAAUUCAAUGUAUAGAAUCAGUCAAACAGUGUUGCUGAAUUAG